GCAGAAUGCCCGCUCCGCUUCCUGUUCAGUGACUAAGCUGCGGCUCUUCGGGGAAAGAUGGAGGUUCCGGCGCCGUUCUCGCUGCCGCCGUUUUGGGCCGGUGGUCCCGCUCCGGGGGCGCUUUACUCACCGCCCUGCCCGGGAAACGCACCCGGGGUCCAGGCCGAGGGCGUCACCAGGACUCUGUAAGGGGGCUGGGGGGGGAGGCUGAGCGCCCCCAGUUAGGCCUCAAAGGGGGGAGAGAAAAUGCGCCUGUGAUGUCACCUUGCUGACGUCACACCAGGUUGCUGACGUCUCUGGGUGAGGGGUGGGCAGGAGGGAGGGUUAGGGGAGAAGAAUGGCUAAAUUAGACAAAUUAUAUCUUGUUUAAAUGGGCAUUUACUUAUUUCAGAGAUGGGGGCCUCUGUGGUCCCAUCCGGAUGUUGCUGGACUCCAACUCCCAGCACACACCCCAAGUAAUGAACAAGGGUCCAAUUAUAUCCCGAUUUCCCCAUUUAGUCCAUCAGCAUCUAAAUAAAUGGACCAAAUUCACAGACCAUAUCAUGAUCUGGCGGGGAUGAGGGUAUAGAGAUAUGCUGCAUCUAUUUUGAAGGUUUUAGGUAUAGGUAUUGUGACCCGGUGGGACGCGGGUGGCGCUGUGGGUUAAACCACUGAGCCUAGGACUUGCCGAUCAGAAGGUCGGUGGUUCGAAUCCCCACAACGGGGUGAGCUCCCGUUGCUCGGUCCCUGCUCCUGCCAACCUAGCAGUUCGAAAGCACCUCAAAGUGCAAGUAGUUAAAUAGGUACUGAUCUGGCGGGAAGGUAAACGGCGUUUCCGUGCGCUGCUCUGGUUCGCCAGAAGCUGCUUAGUCCUGCUGGCCACAUGACCCAGAAGCUGUAUGCCAGCUCUCUCAGCCAGUAAAGCGAGAUGAGCGCCGCAACCCCAGAGUCGGCCACAACUGGACCUAAUGGUCAGGGGUCCCUUUACCUUUACAGUGGUGUCUUGGGUUACAUACGCUUCAGGUUACAGACUCCGCUAACCCAGAAAUAGUGCUUCAGGUUAAGAGCUUUGCUUCAGGAUGAUAACAGAAAUCGUGCUCCGGCGGUGUGGCGGCAGUGGGAGGCCCCAUUAGCUAAAGUGGUGCUUCAGGUCAAGAACGGACCUCUGGAACGAAUUAAGUACUUAACCCGAGGUACCACUGUAUAGGUAUUGUGAGUUACAUGUGUUGUCAGUCACUUGGAGACUUUCAGGUAAUAAGCAGCUAAGACGCCUAAUAGAAAAUAAUACCCAACAAGAGGCCCUUUCUCAUCUACAUCAGUUCGGUAUUAUUUUUUAGGAUGGACUUGUUAGCCCUGCCUGGGGUGGUGUGUCUGUCCCAGGGCGGCGGGGGCAGAGUGGGAAAUAGGUGUUGUGUGAACAAGCAGCAUUUUGUGGGGUUAGAUUUGACUGCCUCAAAGGGAGACAGCACAAAAUGCUAGCGCAGGAGGCUGACUUAUACCAUGUCAGUCCAUUUAGUUCAGUGCUGUCCACACUAGCUGGCAGCAGCUCUCCAGAGUUUCAGGCAGGGGACAUUCCCAGCCCUGCCUGAAGAUGCCAGGAAUUAAACCUGGGAACUUCUACAUGCCUAGCAGAUGCCCUGCCACUGAUCUACAGCCCUUUCCCCCAAUAAGGAGUCAAGUAGGAAGAGGCACUUGAACACGGCAGGAGAUGUGGGGCUGCUUUGCCAUUUCUUCCAACUCAAGUUAUUCCCCGCAGAGAAGGGGGAGCUGCAAGCUGACCCUCUGAUGCUUCUUGUUCCCCUCAAAGGAGCCCCAUGGUGACAGGCACCUCAGUCCUGGGGGUGAAGUUCAACGGAGGGGUGAUGAUUGCGGCCGACAUGCUGGGCUCCUAUGGGUCGCUCGCCCGCUUCCGCAACAUCUCCAGGAUUAUGAAGGUCAACGACAGCACCGUGCUGGGGGCUUCGGGCGACUAUGCUGACUUCCAGUACCUCAAGCAAGUCAUUGAGCAGAUGGUGUAAGUCUGAAGUUCUCCAAACCAACGGCAGGGAGCAGUUUCUCCCAACAAGAGCAGAUGGAGGCCUUUUAAGCCUCUAAUUCACCUCCUCCAGGCUCCACCCUCUCCUGGAGAAAUGUAGAACCUUAAAGAAGAAACCUGAAGACAGACACUCCUCCUCCUCCUCUGUCCCAUAGCCUGCCUCCUGGUGCACCUCCUACACUGCUGGACUGACAGAGGCACCUAUGAGAGUCCCAGCUCUGGCCCUGGGGGUCCGGGAGGUUAUUCUGGGGGCUUCUGUCUGUCAGGCUCUGUGUCCCUCCGAUAUCCAGCAGCCAGCUCCGAGCCCUGAACUGUUAGUGUAAUCUAAAAAUAGGCUUGAAAUGAUUCUUGCAUAGUUUUGCCUCCCAGCAGCCGGGUUUCCUUAGCAAUAGACUUCUAUAUUAGACGUUCUCUGAUAGUGGCUGUUACUCUGUCUGGAUGGUUGAAGAGCAGAGAGAUGGAAUGAUUCCGUGUAUACAGUUUUACUUUGUUUUUCUUAGACCAGUAGUUGCAUAAGUUGUACAGUGGUACCUCGAGUUACAAACGCUUCAGGUUGCAAACUCCUCUAAGCUGGAAGAGUUACCUCGAUUACCUAGAACUUUGCCCCAGGAUGAGAACGGAAAUCGUGUGCCAGUGGCGCAGCAGCAGCAAGAGGCCCCAUUAGCGAAAGCAUAUCUCUAGUUAAGAACAGUUUCAGGUUAAGAACGGACCUCCGGAACGAAUUAAGUUCGUAACUAGAAGUAACUAGACUGUAAUGUUAAUUCUUCAGCAAAUACUUUAAGUAGAACAGGAAUGGAUGAGGUGUUUAUUCCCGCAUGGGAAUUCACCAACAGAUGAGCUGAACAAAGAAAGAAGCGCUUGGAAGACUUUCUGGGUGACUGCAGACCGAGAAAGGAGCCCCAAAUGAUUGGCAUAGUGCACCAACAUGAACUUGGCCCGGUUCCUUAGCUGGCCCUUACGUAGUCUGCGACUGUGUGUCUGGGUUAUUGCUGGAUUCAGGCGUCAAAAUGGGGGGUUCCCUAUUCAGCCCCAUGCCUGAGGUUCCCCACUCCUUGCUGUAGAGCACCAGGUGCUGCGUCUAAUCUGGCUUCCGCCCUGCAGGAUCGACGAGGAGCUCCUGGGAGACGGCCACAGCUACAGCCCCAAGGCCAUUCACUCCUGGCUCACCCGAGCCAUGUACAGCCGCCGGUCUAAGAUGAACCCCCUCUGGAACACCGUGGUGAUAGGCGGCUUCAGCAACGGAGAAAGGUAAGUCAUCCUGGGGUGCGAUGGGCAGAAAGGUUGGGAGCGCUGUUGGAAUCAGCAUUCAGAUGGGAUGGGAUGAGACUUCUGGCUAAAGUGCUCUGCCUGCCUGCCUGCCUGCCUUUUUAUGUGGAGAGGGUUCAUCCUGGAAGAUGAAGCUUUCACUGGCUACUACUCAUGUUGGCUGGGAUGCGGGUGGCGCUGUGGGUUAAACCACAGAGCCUAGGACUUGCCGAUCAGAAGGUUGGCGGUUCGAAUCCCCGCGACGGGGUGAGCUCCUGUUGCUCGGUCCCUGCUCCUGCCAACCUAGCAGUUCGAAAGCACGUCAAAGUGCAAGUAGAUAAAUAGGUACCACUCCGGCAGGAAGGUAAACGGCGUUUCCGUGCGCUGCUCUGGUUCGCCAGAAGCGGCUUAGUCAUGCUGGCCACAUGACCCGGAAGCUGUACGCUGGCUCCCUCGGCCAGUAAAGCGAGAUGAGCGCCACAACCCCAGAGUCGGCCAUGACUGGACCUAAUGGUCAGGGGUCCCUUUACCUUUACCUUACUCAUGUUGGCUCUGCUCUUGCCUCCCUGCCAGAAGCAGCCAUGCUUCUGAACACCAGUUGCUGGAAACUGCAGGAGGCGAGAAGGCUCUUGUGCCGGAGUCCUGCUUGUGGUUUUCCCACUUAGGCAAUUGGGUGGCCGCUGUGACAAGAGGGUGCUGGACUACAUGGCCUGAUCCAGCUAGAGGGCUCUUCCGAUUUUCUGUUUUGUUUUGUUUAUUUACUUAUUUAUUGAUAUCUCAAUACAUAUGCCCCGCGGAGGACCUUAAGGUCCAUAAAUAGCAACACCCUAGAGGUCCUGGGCCCUAAGGAAGUCAGAUUAGCCUCAACCAGAGCCAAGGCCUUUUCAACAGUGGCUCCGGCCUGGUGGAACGCUCUGUCUCAUGAGACAAGGGCCUGCAGGAUCUGAUCUCUUUCUGCAGGGCCUGUAAGACAGAGUUGUUCCACCUGGCCUUUGGCUUGGGAUCAACUUGAUCCCCUCCCCCUCUUUCCUUUUUCCUUUCUCUUUCUGUGAUGGAACUCCUAUUUGGGAACUUCCCUCCCUGGCUUUUUUCUGACCCACGUAGGACCAGUCUGGAUAGUUGGCCUUGGUGAAGAUUUGACGUUUUCAUCCCCAAAAAGUUGUUGACUUGAGUUUCUACUGAAAUGAAGCUGCAUUUUAAUGUUGUACUUAAUCUUGUUUUUAAGUUGUAUUGUAAUUCAUUGUUUUUAUACCUGGUGUUAGCCGCCCUGAGCCCAGUCUUGGCUGUGGAGGGAAGGCUAUAAAUAAAAUUUAUUAUUGUAUUAUUACUAUUACUAAAGCCCCCCCCCCUUCUCAGUUUCCUAGGAUACGUUGACAUGCUUGGGGUGGCGUAUGAAGCUGCUUCUCUGGCGACAGGAUACGGUUCUUACGUGGCACAGGUAAGCAUCUCAUGGUCUCAUGUUAAGAGGUGCCAAAGAUCCAGUCUGUGCCCAGCCGCUUUUGGUUGGCCACUGUGAGACCAGGGCGCCCGAUGAGCCAUGGGCAGGACUCUUCUGGCCUUCUCACUUCCCACUGCUUGCGGCUGCACAGCUGAUGGUUUUAUUUCUCCCGCUCUAUCACAGCCACUGAUGAGGGAAGCCUUGGAAAAUAAGCCCGUCCUGUCUAAGCAGGAGGCCAGAAGCCUCCUUGAACGCUGCAUGAAAAUCCUCUACUACAGAGACGCCCGCUCGUUCAACAGGGUAAGUCUCCCACCGUGUAUCUUGGCUUUAGAACCGUGGAAAGGUGGGACUUUGUGACCUUCCUGAUGUCUGGAUUUGCAUCUCUCACCAGCCCUGGCCAAAAGUCACAACUGAUGCUGGUAGACGGCCUCAGGAGGUCCUCUUUAAGGCAAAUGUGUCUGGCAAGAGGGUCUAACCUAUCACUCUUCUUUCUCUCAGUACGAGCUCACGACGGUGACAGAGAAAGGCGUGGAAGUAGAAGGGCCCAUCUCCUCCGAGACCAACUGGGAAAUAGCACACCUGGUCAGGUAAGCACAGCUCCCUUUGGAUGGGCUUUCAAAUGAAGCAGUUUGCGGCUGGCACACAGUACAGGAAAAUUACCAAGCUACCUACAUGACCUUUGGGAAGGUGGCAUUUUUGGACCCUGCACUGUCUGGACACCCUCGCAGAAACCCCCUCGGCUGUCAAGAACAUCAGAGAAGGCCCUCAUGGAAGUUCCAGCUCCCUCAUAAGUUUUGGGGUUAAUAGCAGCUUACAAAAGGGGCUUCCUUUGUUCCCCCAAGUUGUGGAACCCACUUCCCACAGAGGCGAGGCCAGCUAUGCAGUUUUUGGCUCAAGACUUGCCUCUUCAUCACGCUUGCGAGGGUCUCUCUAUUUUUGUGAUUGUCACACGUUUUGGACUGUUUUGAGUCAUGUGUUUUUAAAUUGUGGUCGCCUGCCCUGGGCCCUUAGCAGGAAAGAUGGGGAAAUAAACCAAAUGAAUAACAUCUUUCAGAUUAUCCUAGAACUCUUUGUUCUGCUCCCAUUUUCUUGGCUUGGCUCACCUCACAUUACCUUACCUUUGGGAACAGGAGCUGAAAAGGCCACUAGAUUUUCCUUUUUUUGCCCAGGGAGCCAUCCAGCCCCUUUCAUGCUCUUCCCAGGCCACACCUCUUCAGCAUGCUACACUCAUUACCAGCCAUGAUCUGUCAUUUUCGCACAGGCGUUUUGGUUGGCCCCUGUGAGACCAGACACUUGGCUAGAUGGGCCAUUGGGCCAAGUUUCUUCUUAACUUCUUGCCUGUGCCCUCAAGUGUGUUUUCCUGGCCAAAAGCCAUCCCUGAACUGCAAUGAUGCCUAUAGAAGGGUGUGUAGAAACCUUCUUGACCUUUGCUUGGCCUCUAGCCUACUGGGCAGCGAGCAUCUUAUCCAUGGCCCCCCUAAAGCUCCCCACAAGGGAAUGUGGCCCUCGGUGUAUAAAAGGUCCCCCUGCCUCAUACCCUCCAGAUUAGCUAGGUUUUGGGUGUUUAUAUAUGAACCUUGAAAGGAAUAUGCAGGUUUUAGAGGGAAUGACUGGCUCCUAGCAAGAGGCACGCACGCCUCUGCAACCAAACUUAGCAAACCUUCUCGUAGCGACGUUCUGAACAUGGUUAAAUGUCUGUAUCUAGUAUCCCUGGGCCCAAAGGCUAUAGUAAUUCCAUAUUCAUCCCCUAAAUACUGUGCUUCAUUUUGUCUUAAAAACAAUUUCCUGUUCUGCAACCAUUUCUAGACAUCGUGCAACGCUUGCCUCCUGCUAAUUUGGGUAUUGCCAACCUAAUUUCCCCCCAUUUCCUCCCUUCUCUGCAGCGGCUUUGAAUGAAGCUCAAGAGCUCGUGGGCAGUCUCUGUUCCCGUCAAGAGAUAAUCCCAAAUCCCUUGCGAUGCUGUUUGAUGCCUAAUGUUUCGGCAGCUCCUCAGACCACGUUCUUUUUUUGUAAGCAGAAUAAAUGAGGUUUAGACUCUUUGCCUGUA